AUGCUUACAUUGGUUAAUAACAAUCACACUGGUAUAAAAUAUCCAAUAAUUUUAAUUCCUGGUUUGGGUGGUAGUCAAGCUUAUUGCAAACCUAAGGAUGUGGGCAGUUCUUUUGCUCCAUUUAAUCUCUGGAUCAACUUUUUUCACAUGUUAUUACCUAACAAAGUAUUCGAUUACUUCAGAUUACAACAUGAUCCAUACACCUAUGAGUCACAUGAUUCAAAUGAAUGUGAUGUAACAUUUCCCGGAUGGGGUGAUACAUGGUCUGUGGAAUAUCUAUCACAACAUAUAUCUUUUGAGUACUUCGGUUCACUUGUGUCAGAACUGAUGAAAGACAAAUUUUACGUGAGAAACUUCACAAUGCGUGGAGCUCCAUAUGACUUUAGAAAAUCACCAGAUGAUAACAAACAAUUUGUAAUGAAAUUCAAACAUUUAGUAGAAGAAACUUAUACAAAUGGAUUGGAUCGACCAGUUGUUCUAUUAGGCCACAGUUUGGGUAGUCUGUACACAUUAUACUUUCUCAAAAAUCAAACUAAACAUUGGAAACAAAAGUAUAUUAAAUCAUUCCUAUCUGUAUCAGCACCACUUGGUGGAACAGUUAAUGCACUUAUGUCCGUAACUAGUGGUGAGAAUUUAGGCGUAUUUAUUCAAAAUCCAUCACUAUAUCGAGAUGUGAUCCGUACAAUGACAUCAGUAAUUGCUGUACUACCAAAUCCUAAACUAUGGUCUAAAGAUGAGAUUUUAAUUGUUACACCGUUUAAAAAUUACACAGUUCACGAUUAUCCAGAAUACUUCAGUGAUUCCAAUUAUCUUACAGGUUAUAAACUAUUCACACGUUACCUAUCUGCAUUCGACCCACUCGAAGCUCCCGAACAUGUACCUGAAGUCUACUGUAUCUAUGGUUCUGGACUAUUAUCAGUGGAACAAGUCAUUUACAAAUCACCUAGUCUCUUCAUUUCAGCAUUUCCAAAUCAAUCACCCAGAAUUAUAUAUGGGGAUGGCGAUGGUACAGUGAAUCUACGCAGUUUAAAAGUUUGUACAAAAUGGCCCACAGCUAAAGUAGUUGAAUUCAUUACUUCUGAACAUAGACCAAUUUUGAGUGAAAGGCGAUUUAUUGAUUUUGUGAAACAACAUAUGAAUACCUAA